GGAGCGACCGAUACGACGGAUCCUCCCGCCGGCUUUGUGCGCGCUUGCAAUCCAGCUGUCGCCGCCCCAAGAGCCCCCUGCCGCCGGAGGAGGCACAUUUCCGGGCCGCCCACCACCCAGAUCGCACUGCCUGCCCAGAUCUGCUCCGGCCCGUUCGGUCGCCGUCGGGCCCCAGUCGUCCCUCCGAAAUGCCGGUCGACUUCACCGGGUACUGGAAGAUGCUGACCAACGAGAAUUUCGAGGAGUACCUGCGGGCGCUGGAUGUCAAUGUGGCCUUGCGCAAAAUCGCCAACUUGCUGAAGCCAGACAAAGAGAUCGUGCAGGAAGGCGACCACAUGAUCAUCCGCACGCUGAGCACUUUUAGGAACUACAUCAUGGACUUCCAGGUUGGGAAGGAGUUUGAGGAGGAUCUGACGGGCAUAGACGACCGCAAGUGCAUGCAUCACCUCCUCCAGGAAGCCUUCCCUGAUGGACCUCUGUCUCCACUUCAGAGUCUGAUGAGGUGCCCUCCCACUUCCACAGUCACCGUCACCUGCCUCUACCAGCACUUGCUGUUCUGCAGGAAUUCUCUGUCUGUCUUCAAUAGUCUGUGAGCUCUUUAGAGCAGAAUCUUCACCUUCCAUGCUUCUGUUUCUAGCAUAUGAGGCUGGUGUGCAACCUAUCUUUGCUGAAUGUUGUUCACUUACACAGAAAAGUGACAGUUGUUAGUCACUCAGUCAUAUCCAACUCUUUGCAACCCCAUAGACUGUAACCCGCCAGGCUCCUCUGUCCAUGGGAUUCUCCAGGCAAGAACACUGGAGUGGAUAGCCAUUCUCUUCUCCAGGGGUUCUUCCCAACCCAGGAAUCGAACCCCAGUCUCCUGCAUUGCAGGCAGAUUAUUUAUCAUCUGCGCCACCAGGGAAGCUCUCGAUUACACAGAGCUGUGAUGCAAAACCUUAUUGUUCAUUCAAGAGUCAGCUUAUAUCAAGGAAAUGCAGAGCCCAGUAGCCAAGAGCAUAGGCUCUGAGGUCAAACCUCAUCUCCCCACUUCAUGACCGGGGGACCUUUUUUCAAAAGUUAUCUAUUUAUUUUUGGCUUCAUUAGGCCCUCUGGUGGCAGCGAGUGGGCUCUUUAGUUGUAGUGCCCUGACUUAGUUGCUCUAGGGCAUGUGGGAUCUUAGUUCCCUGACCAGAGAUCAAACCCAUGUCCCCUGUAUUGGAAGGUGGACUCUUAACCACUAGGGAAGUCCCAAUGGCUGAGUGACCGUAAAGCCUCAGUCUCCACAUAUGUAAAUUGGGGAGAAGCAUCACUGCCCCAGGAGGUUUAGGGAAUCAAACUGAUAAGUUAGUCACAAGUCAUGCCUGACUCUUCGCAAUCCCAUGGACUGCAGCAUGCCAGACUUCCCUGUCUCUCACCAUCUCCCAAAGUUUGCCCAAGGUCAGGUCCAUUGAGUCAGUGAUGCCAUCCAACCAUCUCAUCCUCUGUCACCAUCUUCUCCUUCUGUCCUCAAUCUUUCCCAGCAUCAGGGUCUUUUCCAGUGAAUCAGUUGUUCACAUCAUGUGGCCAAAGUGUUGAUAUGACCCACACUUUAAUACCCUGCCCAGCAUGCAGUGAGUAUUCAGUACCUGAUUUGGGGGUGAUGAUGAUGAUGGCAAUAAUGACAGGAUGCUGUUCCACCAGGAAGUACCCAGCAAACAGUACAUAGGUGGCAUUGGUGCUAGUUAGAUGUCUGCCUUCCCUCCAGGCUGAGCUGCUUCAUGGCAGAGCUUGGGUCCAGUCCAGACUUUGGGCCAUCCUCAGUACUGAGCCCCUGGAAUGACUGAGCCCUGUUCCAUAGGAACCCCACAACUUUCUCCAGCCUCACUCCCUCUUCCCCAGAAACUUGGCCUCACAGGACCUUGAGCUCUCUGAUGGUUUGUUGUUUUAAAAUUAAUCCCGGGUACUUUCUGGAAUUUUUAACGACUUUUUAAAAUGACUUGUCAAGAUUUAACAUUUUAUUGUUUUGUCUUAAGAUUCACGUUAUCAUUUGCUCUUGGCUUCUUCAUGGUAUUAAAAUCACAUUUGUCCAUGCCCA